AUGCCGUUUCCCAGGCGGAGAACCACACUGACCUCCUCCCCGGCCCCGGGCCCGGGCCCGAGCCCCACAGCGGCCCCCGCCGCCGGCUGGACACGGCCGCGGGAUAACCAGGCGGUGGGGACGCGGGUGACCCGCAGGGCUCUGGGCAUCAGCUCCAUCUUCGUGCAGGGACUGCACACGGCGGACGCGGCGCCGGUGUCGAGCGGGAACGGGAGAGGAGGAGGAGGAGGCGGUGUCUCCGGGAGAGCGCUGGUCCUGAACUUGGACCAACUCAACAGCCGCUUCGUGGAAUACAUCGAGAAGGUGCGCGCCCUGGAGCAGCGGAACAGGGAGCUGGAGGGGCACAUCCGAGACUGUCUGCACAGGAGGGGCAGCGCACACAGCUCCGGCACCAGCCUCAGGCACGACUGGGAGCAGCUGUACUGCCAGGUAUCGGAUGUGAUCCUUGAUAAUGCUCGUCUUAUGCUUCAGACAGAAAACACUCAAGCCACUGGAGAGGACUUCAAAGUCAGAUACGAAAAUGAGCAACCAUUCCGACAAGCAGUAGAAGAAGAGAUCACUUCACUCUAUAAAGUGAUGGACGAUGCUAAGAUAGCUAAGAUGGAGCUGGAGAGUCAGAUAGAACAUAUGAAGGAAGAAACUGCCUACCUGACAAAGAAUCAUGAGAAGGAUGUAAAAGCACUGUACCUUCAGCUUGCUGACUCUCAGGUGGAGGAGACUGAUGCUCCCAUGGAAACCAGCCUGGACCACGUCCUGGAAGCAGUUCGAACUCACUGGGAAAAGACGAUUGAAAAAAAUCGUGCAGAAACUGAUUUAUGGCUUGACAACAAGUCUGAAGUGGUGACAGCCAAACUGAGCCAAGAAGAGGAAGCAGUAGAAGCACUGAGAGCAGAGUUCAAUGACGUGGGAAGUAAAGUACAGAGUCUUCAAGCAGAAACUGAAUCGCUGAGAGCUCUGAAAAGGGGGUUGGAGAAUUCCUUGAAUGACACAAAACACUGGUAUCAGAUUGAACUUCAGAAUCUAGGUGCUGUCAUCUCCAAAUUGAAAGCUGAACUUUCCGAGAUUCACAGUGAUGUUGAACAGCAGCAGGAUGACUAUGAGGCCAUCGUAAAUAACAAAAUGAGACUGGAAAUGGAGAUUGGAGCUUACCAUGGUCUUCUUGAGGGAGAAGAAAGCAGAUUGUCAAGUCCAGCAGCGACUGGUCUUGGAGGUUUAAGUUUCAGUUCUCCAGCAACGACACAGCAGUCUGCAACCUCAACUGCUGCUCCUGUUGAUGGAACAUCCCAAUAGGAGAAGAAGGAGCCGGCGUUGAUGUCAGUCAAUACAAAUGUUCCUGUAAUGUGCAUCUUGCACAAAGGUGAUAUUUCGGCAUCAACGACAGUCUUGGCUCAUUGAAGCACAGGAAUGUGUUGAUUUUGUGAUGUGUUGCAUUAUGAAACUGGUUUCCUACAAACAUUUAUUUUAUUUAAAAUUUGUAUUUUUGAAAUAUUUUUUGAGAUGUGAAAAUUGAACCAGAGGUUUGCUUCACUGGUUAUGCUACUUAACAUAAAAUGUUAAAAAAUAUAUUGCACUUAAAAUUGAUUUGAGUGUUAUAAUCCAAAGACGUGUUACAAUCUUUACACUUAACACUUGAUUGCCUACAACAUUAUAUCAGAUUAGCACUGAUUCAUUUCAGAAGCAUUUUCACUUAAUUUACCUUUUGUCUUUACACAGCAUUGAAUUAAUGCCAUCUGAUCUGGAUAAUCUGCUACCAGCCAUCAGUGUUUUGGUAGGAGGUAGAUUAGGAGGUAGAUUACGGACCAACACUGAUGCAUCCAAAUCAAAUGCAAGAAUAUUUUUAGAAAUAUUCCUAAAAUACCUGAUUUUUUUUUGCAUGGAUCUUCUAUGUGUGUUAUAAAAAUGAUUGACUGGUCUGUGAAAGGAUUUGUGUGUGAAUUAUUUCUUGUUUCAUUAAAAAUUAACACCACA